UCAACAGGCAGGUAAUUCCAGAAAGAAGAAGAAGGACCAGAAUACAAGAAACAAUAAUAAACAAACCCAGAAGCAGACUAACGCAAGUUGGGAAAGCAAUUUGGUGCAACUGUAAGCAACAAAGGAUGGUUGACCUUGGUGUGUGGGGCAUGGGAGCUCGACUGAGUGUCCUUGUACUAGUUUUCAUCAGCCUACUGGUUCCAUCACCCACACAUGCUUAUAUCUAUGCUCAUUAUAGCAAUAUGACUACAAUGUUGUUUGAGGAUCUGCCUGCCUUGUUUGGAUCCCCACUUCCUAAGGACGGGCUAAAGGGUGUUUUGGUGCUGUCCCAUCCACUUAAUGCCUGCACAGCAAUAGACCCUCCUCCUCCACUGCCGCCAAUUUAUGAUGCCAACACCACGAAAUUCAUCGUUCUCAUCAAACGCUAUGACUGCAAUUUUGAUAUAAAGGUCUGGCAUGCACAACAAGCUGGAUAUAAUGCUGCAAUCGUUCACAACGUGUUUUCAGACAUUCUGCUUAAUAUGAACUACAGCAAUGACACUCUUGCAGAGGAAAUUGGGAUCCCCUCUGUCUUCACCAGCUACUAUGCCUCUCAUAUUCUCAGGAGUUUUAUCAUUCCAGAGCAAGGAGCAUAUGUGAUCCUCAAGCCGGACUUUUCUUUCCCACUCUCAUACUACCUUAUUCCCUUCAGUGUAGUAGUUGGCAUCAUCAUUAUUGUGAUGUGUGUUGUCUUGAUUACACGAUGUGUACAGUACAGAAAAAGGCUGAGGAAAAAUCGUUUGUCCAAGGAACAGCUGAAACGGAUUCCAACCCACAAGUUCAAGAAAGGCGAUGACUAUGAUGUAUGUGCAAUCUGUUUGGAUGAAUAUGAAGAAGGAGACAAACUACGCAUUUUGCCUUGUUCACAUGCCUACCACUGCAAGUGUGUGGACCCAUGGCUAACAAAGACCAAGAAGACGUGUCCUGUGUGCAAACAGCGGGUUACUCGGAACCAGGAGCAGUCAGAGUCUGAGUCUGAGGAGGAAACUGGAGGGCGUAGGGAGGAAGAAGGAACGGAGGGUGAAGCAGACUCGGAGCGCACUCCUCUGCUUCGGCCUUCCAACCCAGGGUCCCCCUCAGGUAGCCCAGCAGCCUAUUCAGCUACCACCAACACUACUACUGCCCAGUGCCUCACCUCCCCCACACACUGCGACUCACCCAUCCUGGAGUAUAAAGGCUGCUACUCCCCCCAGGAGGACACAGACUCAGAGAGUGAUGACACAGGCAGAGAGGACAGGCACCAUGGUGAUGAUGACACCACCCAGCUCAUUGGUAAGGAUGGAGUGGAGGUCUGAUGGCCGGAACUUAGCUGCAAUGAGAUGACUUCAUUUAACCUAAAAAGGGUCUUUCAUUCAUCGGGUGUGCUGUUAUUACACCAUACUUUAAGGUAGUUAAGGGAUUUGUAAGUUAGCUAGACAUUUAAGAUUCUCGCAACACUUGUUAAUUGUAACAGAAUCUUUCACCCAGGAGGAGGUCUGCUUGUUAGUAUUAAAGCACAUGCAGCUCUUGCAUUGGUCAGUUUUACCAAAAUCCAACUCUCAGCAUGAACCCGCUUCUAUACACUCAUUCGCUCCAGCACAUACCAUAGACCUCCUUUUCUAAUGCAUGUUGUUAUUCACAGCUUGGCCGCGCCACAUGACCUAACAACUAGUGUUGCACAAAAUGAACCGGCCACUUGUAAUAAAUCUCAGUUUAGGUAAGAAUAUGACUCCAGAUGAAGCUUGUGUAACCAGUUUCUCUAUGUAAGAGUAGUGCAGUGUUGUUUUAAAUCUAACUGAAUUGUUUUCUAACAAGGAUGUGCAUGUGGAGGGGAAAUGUUUGUCUUCAGUUUUUAAACCCUUUUAGUUUUCUUUUUACAUGUUAUAAAGCUACUGUUUCUCAGUUUCUACAGGAAAUUAUGCCACAAUAGAAUAUUGCAAAGAUGUUACACUUUUACAUUGUUAUUAAUAUACUAUGUGGUGAGUUAAAGAAAACAAUUUUUAGCUUUAUCCAGUUUGUCAAGUUGAACAAACUCAGGUUUAUAGCAACAUGUAAAGGUCAGUUUAUAUUGUAAAGGAUUAAAAUAGUGAGAAUUAAUGGGUUUCGUGCUUAUACACUGUUAUAGCUUUUUCAGUAAAAUGCCUCUUCAUGACUAAUAAAUUUGCUUCCAUUUUUUUAUACACAAUAGAACAAUAACGUGUUGAACAGUAGGACCCUGGAGGUGUGUUUGGUUUUUAUUUUUUAUUUUUUAUUUUUUGGAAAAGAGAACAUUGCCUUACACUGGCCUCGAUGUACAUGUGUAUGUUAAAUUACAUGUUUGGAAAAUGACAGGACAGGAUUCACACAGCUCUUGUCUAACUGUAUUUAGUACUGCUCAUUACAGAGCUCUGAUGUUGGUCUGAAGAUGUGUUCCACAUUUGUUUUCAAAGUGACAGAAUAAGAAAGAGAGGCUGUGUUUCUUCAUGUUUAGCGCUAGAAAUGAUGCGGAUGUCCAGCUUAGUCACGCUUGAUGUGCCCCUCAAAGUCUGGCCAAGCUCAGCAGCUGUCAGACAUGACACUAUAUAUGCUUUCUUUAUCUACUUUAUAGAAUGACCUGAGUGGGGUUAAUGUGGUUAAUUUAUAGAAAGAGUAAAACAAACAUAAACCCAAAGACAAUGUUUCACUGCUCCAAAUAAAUGAUGUGUUUAAUCUGAUCAAAAGUCAUAAUUUUGCAACUGGAAUACUUGCUUUUAUUGUUUGAUAACAGGGUGUGGAAAUGUUCUUAAUAAAUACUGUAUAGAUUUCCCCCACACUCCCUCUUUGGUGAGAUGUGACAUGUGACCAGUGUUUGCUCUGUAUUCAGUUUACAUUGCUACUCCACAAUCGUAGAAAAUCUAAAACCAGAUUUGUAAACUGAUGCUACCGUCACAUUUAACUGUACGUUUCAAUAUUAGUCUUAUCUUUUAAAAUAAUGUGCCCUACUGUGUAACCCCAACUUGAAACCUAACUUUAUCAGAUGUCUUCCUUCAGACCUCACAGCUGCAUAUGAUAACAGAGGAAACACUGAACACAGUGUAUACAAAUUACAUUUUAAUGUUGGAAUAGGGCGUCAGUAGGACUCAGAACACAUUCAUUGAUAUUUUACUGCUGAUUGAUUAGAAGAUUCCACAUUGUUGACGUCUAAUUGGGGGUUGUUAGCAAUAGUCUUGGCUGUAAAAUAGAUUAACUGUUUUCCUAUAUUUGCAAAUUGCAGUAUGGUUCAAAUAUCUUUCGUACUGUAAUUUUUUAAUUUUUGCUCUAUAUGUCUGUUUUAGAGGCUGUGAACUGAAACAAAAGAACCCCCCCGCCCCCACCAUCUUUUCAGACUAUGCCUAGUUUAUCACAAGUAAAUAAUAAAUGUACAGCGUCAAGUUAAUUUUCAUGUAUAAAGCAGGUCUGAGAAUCUUGAGGAUGUCUGAACACAGUAUGUGGGAAAGUGCAUUAAAUGUGAUUUGUGGAAGAUUAAAUGACAUUGAAAUGGCAUCGUGGUGCCAUUUGUUUGUUUAGAUGAGAACAAUUAAACACUGAUAUAAUAAGUCUAUAUUAAAGCUAUUAUAAAGCAAAUUGAUAUGUUAGCCUAUGUUUUCCUGUUUU